AUGGACGGAACGAUAGCUUUGUUGAAGACUUCUCCAGUGCAUGUUGGUGAUGAGGUUGAUGAGUCUACAGAGUACUUUCAUCGACUUUUCUGGACAUUCUUUGAGGCUUUUGAACAUUGCAAGCCACUAAUCAGCAUUGACGGUACGCAUCUGUAUGGGAAGUAUGGCGGGACUUUGCUUCUGGCUAUUGCACAAGAUGGAAAUUUGAAUAUAUUGCCAGUUGCUUUUGCACUUGUUGAGGGGGAGAAUGCUGAGUCACACAACGGUAUUAAGGCUGCACUAGAAGAACCAGACAAUGGUUGGCAACCGCCUCAUGCAUAUCGGGCGUAUUGCAUUCAACACGUUGCAGCUAAUUUUGCUCCCAGUUUCAAGGGUAAGGAUGCAAGGCGGAUGCUCAUGAAUGUGGCGUAUGCCAAGACUGAGACCGAAUUUGACUACUGGUUUGAUAUUAUGAGGAUUGAGAAUCCGGCCAUAUGUGAUUGGGCCAACCGACUGGAGUAUGAUAAGUGGACCCAACACAAGGAUGGAGGCAGACGGUUCGACCACAUGACUACGAACAUAUCCGAGUGUGUUAACUCUGUAUUAAAGGGGACACGGAAUCUGCUGGUUACUGCGCUUAUGAAAUCCACAUACGGGAGGUUAGAAGAGCUUUUUGUCGUCCGAGGGCAGACAGCAGAGGCGCAGUUGGGAUCAGGCCAACGGUUUUGCCAGGCGCUGGUCAAGGUGAUAGAGCACAACUUGAAAGAUUCGAGGUGCUUCACGGUUACUCUGUUUGACAGACAUCAGUCUGAGUAUACCGUGGCUGAGAUGACCCCAACCGGUAAUUUUUCGCUUAGGACGUAUCCGGUUUCCCUCAGAGAUCGCACUUGUGACUGUGGGUACUUUCAAGCUCUCCAUUACCCGUGGUGCCAUGCGAUUGCAUGUUGUACUCAGUCCCGAUUAGACUGGACUACAUACGUCCAUGAGGUUUAUACCAUGAGUAAGGUGUUCAGUAUAUACCAGAUAGGGUUUUUGCCCCUUAUUCUAGAGGGUCUGUGGCCACCGUACACCGGUCCUACUAUCGUUCCUAAUCCUAACAUGAGACGUGCCAGAGAAGGGUGA